AUGGGUACAAUUAGUAAUCCCAAUCUGAAGCCUAUUUCUGCACGGAAAGAAGAAAGUGGCGCAUCCAAGAAGAAGAAAAGAAAAAUAAAUAACGAAAAAACUGCAAAGCUGGCUGAUGCUGCUGCAAAAUUUUUUAAACUUGAUUCGUCAUCAACACCUGAGUCUGAGACACUUUCAAAUGAUACUGAACGGCAAAGUGGUGACCCCGAUGCUGCUGACGUUCCAAUAAGUUCAGCCUCUGAUACCGCUCUCGAGGUCCAGGAAAAUCAAGGCGAGACUGACUCUGGAGUCAGAGGCUUUGAAAUAUAUGAAAAUGCAUUUAUAGCGUCGGAUCCGAGCACCUGGAAUAAUCCAUUAAAAUCCGGGGAAAGGAGCCAGCUCAUGUCAAACAGACCUCUUCAAGAAAUACCAAAGCAGGGUGAACAAGGCAGCGUGUCUUUUAAUGUGUCACAGUACAAUAAAAUCGGCUCAAAUCCAAACAAUCCAAACGAAUUGUAUGCCAGGGAUUGGCUACUGUACAGUGUCUCGACAAACAGCUUGUUUUGUUAUUGCUGUUCGUUAUUUGCCAGAAUUGACUCAAGAAAGACACAAUCUCCGUGGAUCAAUUUUGGAAUUGGGAAUUCAGGAUUCAACGACUUUGUUCAUCAAUCAAGAAGAAUAAAAGGUCACGAAGAGAGUCAAAUGCAUUUCCAAGCUUUAAUUUGUUGGCGUCAAAGUGAGAAAGCAUCGAGGUCAGGCAAUUCUCUGGAGAAACUUGCCACGGCUGAAAUGCAAAAAGGGAUUCAUCACUGGAAACAGGUUCUACAUUGUAUUGUUGAUGCAAUAUUGUAUCUCGCAAAAAAUAACCUGGCGUUUAGAGGAUCGUCAAGUCAAAUUCACGACGAUAAUUCUGGGAACUUUUUGUCGCUGAUCGAAUUGCUUAGCAAAUAUUCUCCUGCGUUGGCCAUUCAUGUCAACAAUUUAUCCAAAAACCGAACCAGCUAUUUGUCACCGUCAAUUCAAAAUGAGUUCAUCUCAAUUGCGGGAGAAAACAUACGAAGAGAAAUUCUCAAGCAUAUCAAGUCUAGAAAAUUUUUCUCGAUAAUGUUUGAUGCGACGCCAGAUAUUUCUCAUCGAGAGCAAAUUAGUGAAAUCAUUCGCACUGUAAAAAUUUCCAAGGACGGCUGCUACAUAGAAGAAAAUUUCAUCCGUUUCAUUAGUUUUGAUGGCAAAACUGGAGAACAAUUGACAAAGAUGAUCGUGGAUACCUUGAAGAAUGACGAUCUGGAUAUUGGAAUGUGCCGGGGCCAAGGGUACGAUAAUGGAUCAAAUAUGGCAGGAAUGUACAAAGGAGUCCAAGCUCGUGUCAAGGAAAUUAACCCUAAGGCAAUUUGUAUUCCAUGCGCCGCACAUUCCCUGAAUCUGGUUGGUCACAAUGCAGUCAACAAAGUUCCCGCUGCUAAGCUGUUACUUGGACAAAUACAAAAUCUGUACACGUUCUUCUCGGCGUCCCCGUCACGAUGGACGAUUCUUAAGAAACACACAAAGAAGACCCUUAAAGCUCAAUCUCACACAAGAUGGUCUUGUAAAUAUGACGCCGUUUCAGCUCUCCUUGAGGAAUUCGAUGGUGUAUACGAGGCUUUGCUCGAGUUGGCCGAAUCUUCUGAAGUCAAUGCGCAGACAUCUUUACAGAAGAAAGACAUGGAAGUAGAUGCCGGCGCAAAACAUCUAAGAUGUCUGCUGGAUUGGUUGAAUGAGUUCAGGGUGAAUGGAUAUGACAAAUCCUUGGAAAAAGCCAAAGCGAGAGCUUCUGAAAUUGGUGUUAAUUGUAACUCCGGGUUUGAUUAUCGUGCAUCUCGAGGAAACAGACCUUCAAGAUAUCGCGAUGGGGUUCAAAACCCACCUACCCAAAGCAAUGAAGAAACGUUUAAGAGUGAAUUUUUCCAGAAAAUCAUGGAUCAAAUUAUUGACGAAAUAAGAUCCCGGUUUCAAACUUUACAACAAGUAGCGUCAGACUUCAGUUUUCUUUGGGGACAUAAGUUGGAAACAUAUUCAAGUGAAGAAAUGAAGAAAAACGUGAUGGAUCUCGUGAAGUCAUAUGGAAACGAUUUUGUUGGUGAAACAUUUUUGCGAGAAGUGGAACAUCUGAAAAGGGCAAUCUCGGCUUUUCUCGACAAACCUUUGCAAAAAACGAUGCCAUUGGAUAUUCUUAACGUCUUGACAGCAAAUGGACUCCAAGAACAAUUUAUAAAUUGUCAUACGGCUUUACGAAUAUUCUUGACUCUCCCAGUAACCGUCGCAACGAACGAGCGAAGCUUUUCUAAGCUUAAGAUAAUCAAUAAUUAUUUGCGGUCGUCAAUGGGGCAAGAAAGAUUAAGUGACCUUUCAAUUAUUUCUAUAGAACACAACUAUGUUAAGGAUAUGUCCUUCGAUAAAAUAAUUGAUGAUUUCGCUGUAGCAAAAUGCAGAAAUGUGCAAUUCUGA